AUGACCAAUCAGACAUUCAUCCAUCCACCAACCCAUACGCCUGCGGGCGUCACGUUUACGGGGCCCAUUGGUGCUGACACCAACUUGAUGAUGCAUAUGCACGACGAUACAAUGGCGACCUUUGAUGGCAUGCCUGCUCCCCCACCUCCCAGCCAUGAGGACUACGACGACGAGAUCGAUCCUGCCGCGCGCAAUACCAACGUUGAGCAGCUGAGAGAAUUUGCGCGUGGCAAGACAGCCAUCCGGUACGCGCACUGCGUCAUUGAGCGUCGUGGCCCGCCACCUCCUUCACUCGUGUGCAACGAAUGUGGCGUAGCAGGAACUGCCAGAUGGAGAUGUGACAGCUGUCAGCGUCAUCGUGAUCUCUGCACUGGCUGUUUGCGAAAACGCCACAUGUCAAAUCCCUUUCAUCGCGUGCGCUACCUAUCCGGUCCCAAAUACGUCGAGGCCUGGCUACGGGACGCAGGUGUCUUUAUUCAGCUUUGCCCAGUUGCAUCCGGUGAUGACCUCUGUCCUGGUUACACCCAGGGCGAGUUCCCCCUUCCUGCCGGAAUCGACAAGGACCCACCUCCUUCGUACGGCAUAGGACAUCGAUUCGGUCGUCCCGAAAAUGCAGAGCAGCCCACAAACUUCCCCGAUACCGCCAGUCCGGACACUGCGAGUCCGGAUGUUGCAUCCGGCGGGUCUCCAUUCAUGUCCCAGGAUCCGGACGAAGACCUGCUGCCUAGCGAUGCUCGGGAGACGGAGGGUGAUGAGGGAGACGCUGAUGGUCAGGAAAAUGGCGGAGAGGACGGCUUUAUGGGCAGGGAUGAAGGACUUCCUGAGGGUGAGGCACGGGCGAGGGGCAGGCAGGCCAGAAUACGGAGGGAUACGCGUGGUUUACCAGUCAUGGUCAUUGUCGACAAGACCGACAUUCACCAGAUCGGCGUUGCAGUUUGCAAAUGUGCGGGGACUGGGGCCAGUAUGGCAAUCGACGAGCAGUUAAUCCGUCUGGGCGGCCUCAUUCCUGCCACACCCUCAAACCCUGGGACGUGCUUCACGCUAGAGGCGCUGUCCUACUUUCAGAUUGAUCGCCUGGAGUGUAAAGUCACUCCUCAGGCACUGAUGCGUCGUCUGAGACGCAACACUUCACCUCUUCAUCCAUCCACCGUUGCAGUAUGUCCCCGUACUAUCUGCGCACGUUACAACAUCGUAAACAUCCAACAGGAUCGGUACUUGGAAGGCCUACGUGUCAUGCGCGAGUGGACCGUCAUUGACAACUUGAUUACGCACGGUUUUGCGCACCAGCCGCUCGAAAACUGGCAGCCUCCACCUCCCGGCAGUCUGUUUCAUCGCUGUGUGGUAUGCGCAUCAAAAAAAAACCUGCCACGCGGAUACAAGGGCCAUAUCCAUAAAUGGGCCAUUUUCCACUCAUACGUUCAUGAUGGAAACUUCAGUGGCGAGCAUACCGUCUCGCGCCAGCCCGGUAACAAUGUACCAAUCUUCCCAGGGACCGGCGCAUUUCAGCAUCCGGAGGGCAUCAAAAGGGAUCUAGCGUCAAUGAAAACCGAUAAGCAGCUUCGCAAGGAGGCUGAGCAUUUGUUUGCGAACGACAAACCAUGCAAUAACCACGUUGCAGCGCAGUUAACUGGAAAAACACGCGACAAGGUUACCGACAUCAAGGGCAUUGGCGCAUGGGCUUGCGCUCGCCACGGACAGUUUCUGGCUGGUGGAACAUGCAAUUAUAACUUGGGCGAAGCAUCUGGCCCAGCGGAUGUCGCUCUUAACAACACCUUCAAGCUCAACACGGACGUCGAGCUCGUGGACCGUCUUCAGCUCUUCUAUGAUAUCUGGUGCCGCUAUGGCAUCCACCUCAAGGAACGCUUUAAUCGCUCGCCUAACAUGACAUGGCCUCAGUUCAGGGAGGUUCUGGGUAGCGUCGGGGUGUGGCACAUCUAUGGGCAUGUCUUCGAGUGUUACGGACGAUGGUCCAAUCUCUAUUCACGCCAGACGGGUAUUGUGGAUGGCGAGAUUCUUGAGACGCUCUGGAGCGUGCUCAACCAGAUCCUUCAGUCCUGCCGUGGAAUGUCGCUUGCCAAUCGUGAGGAGGUCAUCUCAAUGUUCGAGUCAGACAGCAAUCAUCGCAAGAACCUGGCGAUGGCUGAUACUUUGGUGAAAAAGUUCAACAAGUACUUUGCUGAAGAAAGGGAGCGCGCAAGGCUGGUCGAGCAGCUCUCACUGUGCACUUCCCCUGAGAAUGUCGUACAGUGGGAAGAGGAUAGACAAGCGUUCGAGCGUGAUCGAAUCAACGAUCCCAGUGCUGGGGAUCGCUUUUUCAAACAGACUCUUGUGCAAGUACCCUCGCGAAAGGACGCCGAGCUCAAACUUUUGGAGGAAGAGGCCGCUGGAUCAGAGGGGAGGGGUCUGGUGAAAGCUGUCAUUGACAGUCUGGACCUUGUCGUUGAUCAACUGAAGCUACAAGCACUCGACAGGCAAGCUGUGGCUGCUUCAGAGAGACGCAACAUCGCAUCAACCCGCACAAAGAUACACAACCGUGUGAACAAGUGCAAUGCAGCCAUGGAGGCCGCGCUUGGCUCAUAUCGUGGGCAUGGCACCUUGACGACCGUGAAACUAACAAAGCUGUUGCAAGAGGACGAGUGGGACGACACCGAGGAAGCUCAGCCUGGGGCUGCCAGUCGUCGAGGCGAUGAUGCACCCGCCGGGUCCCGGGUACUACGAACUGGUGCCGAGUUUCGGGCAGUCGAUCUGCCAUCGUCUCGCAGUAGCAACUGGAGGGCCAUGCACGUCAAUCCGACUGACGACGACGAUUGCGAUAUCAGACGCCAUGCUAUGGAGAUAGAAACGGGCGUCCUGCUGGCACGAAUGAACGAAACCCUUGGCCACAUUCGCACACUCAUCGUCGAUCAGGCGAACACCUACCUCCAACGAAUCCGGUCGCGCAAUGGCAACGGUAAUCAAGGCUACCAUCAGCUAAACGUUGCAUAUGCCGACGCUCAAAAGCAAGGCAAGGCAGUUCGCGUUCACGCCCAGAUCUACAACAUCUGUCGGGAGAAGCUCAUGAGCCUCGCGUGGGAUACAAGUCCCGAGACCAAGGUCCGGUUCGACAUGAUGCGCGAGAAGUAUCGUGUUUUGACUGCAAAGGAUCUUGUGUGUUCCACGAAGACGUACAGCACAACAGGCACUGUCUCUGGUUUCAAACUACCUUGGUUUUGGCGUAUGGUGGGAAUGGAUGCGACGGAGAGUGUGGAGCAGACGCGGCAAAAGGAUGAGGAGUUCAUCGCAGACUUCUUCCGAGUGCGCUGGAUCAAUGCUAAAUGCUCAUUGACCCGGUGUCGCGAGGAGCUCAUCAUCCUGACAUUCGAAAUGCAGAUGUGCUAUCUUGGCUAUCGCAGCUUGGCAUCUGGCUGGAUGCGAAAGGCAAAGAACAUGGCGGGCAAGCGUGCUCACGAAGCAAUGGCGUUUGAGAAUGCCGGUCAUUGGUCUGACAUGGCAGCUUAUGCCAAGGCACGAUUCAACGAGUGCCACGAGAAUGUCAUACCUCCAGGGCUGAAGACAGAGUACUUGUAA